CACCAGCAGGCGCGGUCCGCAGAGCUGGCGCAGAUGGAGAAAGUUAUGUUCAUUGACCGCUUCGCAAAGGAAGCAUGAUGUGGCGUAUACCACGGGUUCCGCAGCCAUUUUGGCUCAAGGCGCCAGUUUUGUUUCGCGCACCGCUCCCUCCGCGAUCACCCCGACGGGACUUCGCACACAAUGUGUGUCAACACCGCAGAAAGCAAAGCCUUCUGCACCCCGAAGGCGGGGCCACGCUCCAGUAAGCUCGACUUCUUCAAAUCGCCGGUGGGCACUGAGGCGCAGACUGACGUGCAGCCGCGUGGAGAGAGGCUGGCUGCCACGGCAUUGCUUCGCGCGAUUCGUUCCAACUCGCUGGAGCGGGCGCGAGAGGCUUUCGAAUCGGACCCAGACGCGGUCGGAAACUUGUUCUUCGACACCAAUUUCUUGACAGCGCUCAACUGUGCCAUCGAGGAGCACUGCUGCCCAGGCAUGGUCCGGCUGCUGCUGGCGCACGGCGCGGACCCAGCCACGCUGGACAGGUGGGGCCGCACCGCCCUCACUGCCCUGAGCGCCGUGCAGUGCGACGCGAGCGACACGUGGGCCGAGGCAGGAGGACCCGUGGAGUGCCCGCCAGGCUGGGACGCCUGGCUGGGCCGGGCCGCGCGCGAGCGCCGGGCGAGCGUGCUGCAGGUGGCCGCGGCGCUGCUCGACGCGGGGGCCGACCCGGACACCCCCGACGGGGCGGGGCGGCUGCCUGCGGAGGUGGCGGCAGCGGCUGGGAACCAUUGGCUCGAGCGCUAUUGGACGUCCUGCCGGGAGGCACGGGCGUGCGCAGUCUUCCGUCGGGGGGGCGGUGCGCCGCUGCACCAGGGCGGCGCGCUCUCGAGGCUCACGCCCAACGUCGUCGAGGAGAUCAUGGAGUUCUUGGUUCAGGCAGGGACUGGGGUGGCAGGAGUUCAGGGGGCUGAACAAGUGCAUUGAGCUCAUGCGGGGCGGAACUGAAGCGGUUCCUUGAUGCUUCAGCGCGCAAGGUGAGCCAGCGAAGAUCGAGUCGCAGAAUGGUAGCCUGGGUGAGUGCGACCACGAGCGCGGAGCCGGUCAUGCUGCUUGCAUUGGGCGAUUAGCUUAAGAAGUUGUCGUUUCUCACUCGCCGACUGACUUAAGAAGUUAUUUAAUUAGGAGGGGGCCAGUGCGGAUUACCGCGGGGGAUUAGAAAAUCUGGCAAAUACUCACCUUCUGAGGAAAUCGCCUCAUCUUAGCAUGUGAUUGUGCUGCUUCUGGGGUCAGGCAAAAAGCCAGGCAGCGCAAAUUCAUACAUGCAACCACUUUUGAGAUUCACGCGGCGUUCUACGAUGCGGGCUGGAGGCCAGGCCGACAGAAGGAACGCGCUUGCACGCCAAUUCAGAAGACACUCGAGCAUCGGUCCUUCUGGUCAUUUUGCAGAGGGUUGUCCAGCAUCGGACCCCUUCCUGGAGCCUGCCGCCCUUCAGCGUUGAUAGCAGAGUAUCCACUCAAAGCCCAGGGAUGCAUGCGUGCUAGAGCUUGCAACUGUCAGCAACGUUGUUUAUGGCGUUGUUCUCCAGAAGUCAUAUAGACACCCAUCAUGUCACAUGAAUGCACGAUUUGAUUUCUUUACAGGUCACCCUUUAGUUAAGAUCCUCCCUUCUGCUUGUACAUACGUACGUACACAUAUACAGACACAAAUACAUUUACAUGUUUGCAUCCCCCUUCCGCCUGCCACUGUCUCCCACAUAUCUGCAUGAUGUUCGACAUGUGCGUCGUCUUGCGGCAGCUCGUGAAAUUUAGCUCCUCUUGGAGCUACCUGCCCAAUGAUUCACAGGCGGCAGAUACGCAGCGGUGAUCGAUCAAUGCCAGGCAUAUUCACAUCCCGCUCUGCGCACGUGGACGAUCCAUUUCACCUGUUGUCUGAUCGCCUGCAAUGGUUGGCCGUGGGGCCUCGUGGCCCGCGCCAGCACCGCACUUGCGAAGCUGGAGCUGGGGACGGCACCGUUGAGCUGGGACUCCGGCCACCGCCCGAGGCUCUACUCCUGCCUCCGCUGACCCCUCGCCCCCCCGCCCGUCCGCCGAGCAGUCGCCCAAACUUCGGGGCCCCUUGUGACAAGCACCCCGGCCUGGCCGUCGAGCUGCAGGCCCGGCAUGGAGUUGCCUGCCCCAGUGGCACGGGCUCUGAAAGUCAGGCAGGGUGUUGGGGACGUCCUCGGCGGCGAAGUAGUGAGUGCGUUGGCAUAUCCCAGACCUCUGACCGCAGGAAAGGGAGAGAUAGAGAGAG